GCAUUAGAACUUGGCAUGUAUCCAAUUUGUUUUCUGCUGUUGCUUUUGCAGGUGGAAGAAGAUGCUGAUGGGGAGAACAUAGAGGAGGAUAUUGAUGGAGAGUUGGCUGACAUAGACUCCUUGAAUUAUGAUGAUCUUGAUAAUGUCUCGAAACUACAAAAAUCACAACGUUACAGUGACAUAAUGCAGAAAGUUGAAGAUGCAUUGGAAAAAGGUUCAGAGAUUCCUGAUCACGGAAUAGUUUUGGAAGACGAUCCUGAAUAUCAGUUGAUUGUUGACUGUAAUGCAUUAUCAGUGGAUAUUGAAAAUGAGAUUAUUAUUAUCCACAAUUUCAUUCGUGAUAAGUGUCUAAAAUUUCCGGAGCUUGAAUCUCUUGUUCAUCACCCUAUUGACUAUGCUCGUGUUGUCAAAAAGAUUGGUAAUGAAGUGGACUUGACCCUAGUGGAUCUGGAAGGGCUUCUGCCUUCUGCAAUUAUUAUGGUAGUUUCAGUCACUGCUUCAACUACCAGUGGUAAGCCACUCCCAGAGGAUGUUUUACAGAAGACUAUUGAGGCUUGUGAUCGUGCAAUUGAACUUGAUUCAGCAAGGAAGAAUGUCCUUGACUUUGUGGAAAGCAGAAUGGUAUAUAUUGCACCCAAUCUUUCAUCUAUUGUUGGAAGUGCUGUUGCAGCAAAACUUAUGAGGACUGCUGGAGGUUUGAACGCAUUAGCUAAGAUGCCAGCUUGUAAUGUUCAACUUCUUGGGGCCAAAAAGAAGAAUUUGGCGGGGUUUUCAAUUGCAACAUCUCAAUAUCGUGUUGGCUAUAUUGAUCAAACAGAGAUAUUUCAAAGCACGCCUCCUCCUUUGAAAAUGCGUGCAUGUCGUCUUUUGGCAGCCAAGUCAAGCCUUGCAGCACGAGUAGAUUGUAUAAGAGGAGAUCCAACUGGAAAGACAGGAAGGACAUUACGUGAAGAGAUCCGCAAGAAGAUCGAGAAAUGGCAAGAGCCACCACCUCCUAAGAUCCCAUGUUAUGUUACAUGUGAAGAAACACUACUCAAUCAAACUGAACUAAAUUUGUGAGAGAAAACUAGUUGAAGUGAACUAAAUUGAACUGAAAUUGUGUCCAACAAAACAUGGCUAAACUAGGGGUCUUGCUUAUUUUACA